AAUUCCAGUGGCGCAAAUGGCAAGCGAUAACAUACCUUCAUGGUGUCAAACAACCUCAUGUUUGGACCAUAGACGAUACAGUUCGGACGUAUAGGUUUAUAAUGUGUAACCCCUUUGAAGCUAAGAAAAACAACGAGGUUUAGAAGGUGAAGAAUAUCAGGAAAAUGAACGAACAAAAACUGAUGGUAAUAGAUAUUGAACCCAAAUCAGUCAACAUCACUGAAAGGCAAAGUGAUCAGCAGCCCCGUUGGACUCGCAGUGACAACUCAUUCAAAUUCAACUUUCUUCAAGACAACUGUCCAGAGAUUUUGGACCAAGCUUCUUCAUCAUCAGAGCAUACUGUCAGCCAAUUCAGCAGACAGGAGGACUCUACUUUUGCCUUCAACUUCCAUAUUGACCCAGAAGAAGACAUGGAUACAAAGCCCUCAGAUGCCACUUCAUCAAACAAGCAACGUUGUACAGAGCUUGAGAACACAUCUUUUGAGCAGAUAACCUCCUCACCAAACACAUCAAUAUCAAAUACAUCUAAAAAGAAAAAGAAGAAAACUGGAAAAAACAAAGUAGUAAAUAACAUCACAAAAGAGCCGAAGGACACAGUUGCACAGGAACAAGAAGCUAGAAGUGAAGAGCUGAGUACAGAGGAGCAGUUACAACGGCAGCUCGACUGGUGCAUUGAGCAACUAGAACUGGGAAUGAAGUCCCAAAAAGCCUCUCCUAAACAAAAAGAGGAGGCAUCUCGGGCCUUGAAGACUUUACGCAGUUCCAAAGCUCCACUUGUCAAAAAAAGGCAGGUGAUGAGUGCAAUGGCUGGAGACUACAGAAAGAAAAUGGAAGAGGAAAAAAACAAACAGUUUAAACUGAUUCAGAAUGAAACAGCAUCAGCACAACUUCGAGCAGUGUCAGAGUUACCGAAGAAGUCGUCUUUUCAUCGAAGAGCUGGCAUCAAAGAUCCAACUUCAGAGAGUAAUUCUAACUCCACGAACUCUGAUGCAACAGCGGCACCGGACAAGAACUUUGUCUUUACACGGUCAACUGAGGAAUUUCGCUUUAAUUUUGUGUAAUAACUAAGACUUUACCGACGUUAGCCGUGUGUAUUCAACUCUAGAUAUGUGGAGAAGUAACAAUGGGAUCGACAGUCUGUAAUAAAUGUUUUAUAAUGUUUAG